AAAUAAUAUCAACAAAUAGUAAUCUUGUGAUAGAGUCAAUUUAAAAAAGAGGGUUCUCUUUUUUAUUUCAUUUUAUCGCUAUCAAUCAACAGCUUCAGGCAAAAGGCUCACAAAAUGGAUCCUGCAGAAGUGGGGUUCGAAGGGGAGUGUGAAACGACGCCUUCUUCUUCUUCUUCUUCUUCUUCCUCGUAAUCAUCACCGCCAUACGUCCUUGUUCGCCCAAUCUCCAUUUUCGCCGAUUGAUCUGUGCAUUUCGGUCGCCGGUGGUUUUUGCUGUUAAUUUUCUUCUCAGUGCGGUUUGAUCUGAUCAAAAUUAAGGACGACUAUUGAAUAGAGAUAUUGAGAAGUAUGUGGAGCAUAUUGAAGUUAUGGGAUAGAGUUUUAAGGAUGGCAGAAGGGGGAUCUCGUUACUGCUCGAAGAAGAAGGAUGAUAUCUGCUACGAGGACUCCAGCCGCGAAAUCAGCGUGUCGAGAUUAAAAUGUAUUCUACGAGGCCUAGACUUCAAAAUCUACAUCUUUCUUUUCUUCCUUGUCCCCACAUGCGUGUAUGGAAUCUAUGUCCAUGGCCAGAAAAUAACAUAUUUCUUGUGCCCUCUAUGGGAAAACCCGCCAAAACCCUUCAAUGAGAUCCCUCAUUAUUAUCAUGAGAACGUGUCGAUGGAGAAUCUUUGUAAGCUUCAUGGGUGGAGAAUCCGGGAGUACCCUAGACGUGUGUAUGAUGCAGUUUUGUUCAGUAAUGAAGUGGACAUACUUAACAUAAGAUGGCAAGAGUUGCACCCGUACGUGACCGAAUUUGUUCUGCUCGAAUCUAAUUCAACUUUCACCGGAUUGCCAAAGCCUUUGCACUAUGCAAUCAACAGGAAGAGUUUUGACUUUGUUGAGUCACGGCUAACUUACGGGCAAGCUCCGGGCAGGUUUCGGACUGGAGAGAACCCGUUCAUCGAGGAGGCUUAUCAACGGUUGGCAUUAGACUAUCUUCUCAAGCAAGCUGGAAUCCAAGAUGAUGAUCUCUUGAUAAUGUCAGAUGUUGAUGAGAUCCCCAGCAGACACACCAUAAAUCUGUUGAGGUGGUGUGAAGACAUACCAAUGAUUCUUCAUCUCCGGAUGAAGAAUUACCUCUAUUCUUUUGAAUUCCUUGUGGAUGACAACAGCUGGAGGGCCUCAGUCCAUAGAUACCAAUCUGGUAAAACGAGGUACGCCCAUUAUCGGCAGUCAGACGAUGUCUUGGCUGAUUCUGGGUGGCACUGCAGCUUCUGCUUCCGCCACAUCAGCGAGUUCAUAUUCAAGAUGAAAGCCUACAGCCACUUUGACAGGGUGAGGUUUUCGCACUUUCUGAACCCGAAGAGAGUCCAAAAAGUGAUAUGCAAAGGGGAUGAUUUGUUUGAUAUGCUGCCCGAGGAGUACACGUUCAAGGAAAUCAUAGGCAAAAUGGGGCCCAUCCCACACUCCUACUCGGCCGUUCAUCUCCCAUCCUAUCUUUUGGAGAAUGCCGAAAAGUAUAAAUUUCUCUUGCCGGGGAACUGCUUGAGAGAAAGUGGCUGAUUCAUGUGAGUGUGGCUUAUGAUUUCGCUUUCGAAAGCUUCUUUUUUUCUUUCCAUGCCAUGGAUGGCUGUCAUACCAUUCUUUAAAAUCUGCAUAAUGCAUCAAGGGGUGUUUGGAUUAAUGGACAGUGGUUUGUAUAUAAUAUAUAUAAGUAGAUAACUUAUAUAAAUAGGGAACUUUACCAAGGGUAGCUUUUGCAAGAGACUCCAAAUCAUGUGACAAGAAGAUGGUUUUUUAGUUUCUCUUGUUUGGGCUUUCUUCAUAUGAGGGGAAAUUUUGGUGGUCACUAAUGUGUAUUCAUAUCUUUGUGUUAUUGUUACUUUUGUCAUAUGUUGUUGACACUCAUUUUAUUUAUAUAUUCUUCAUACGAGGAGUCGAAUCCACGACGUCUUUCCGUUGUGCCACGCUUCGAAAUGUAUUUUCUUUUUAAUUAAAUAUAUACUCUCUAUCUUC